GAAUGAGCAACAGCAGGAAGCCGUGAAAGAGGUGAAGGAGGUCUGCGGAUGAACUGUGACUUUCGUGCACAAAGUUUGUAGCAGUGUGCUCUAAGGGGGCAAUGGCUGAACGACGACGGUGACCAGGAUGGACGAAGACGACUGGGAAGCUCGAGUCGCGGACGUCGAGUGGCAGCGGCUGCAGGCUGCGCGGGAUCAGGACGGGCUUCGCGACGGCAUAGCCGAGGGCAAAGAGCGCGCACUGCAGGCCGGUUUCAACCAGGGCUUCCGCGAGGGUUUUCAGCUGCUUCGCCAAGUCGCCGUGUGGAGGGGCCUGGUCCGGGGUGCUUGCAGUUUUGCAGAGGGCAGUGAUCGGUCGGAGCUGUCCGAACUGUCCGGCCGGCUGGUUCAGCUCGAGCGGGACCUGCUCGCAGGCCGAGCGGGUGCGACGCAAGUGCGAGAGACUCGCACCCAAGUGCAGUGUGCGCUGCAAGCUCACGGACUUAGCCUGCCAGACGAGGCCCAGACGCAAGAGCAAUAAUAAAAAAUUGAGGGGCCAUUCCACUCUGAAGUUAGAC